CAAAAACAUUCCCGCGGUUUAUGAAUUGUAUAGUGCUAUAAUUAAGUCAGUGUGACAUUUAAAACACAUCGGUACCUAUGUUUGGGAUAUACCUCGGUCGAUUUGUACUCGAGUCGGUACAUGUUUCCCGCCUUUCCAACGUGUCGGACAUAUACACUUCCUUGUAGUGGAGAAGAGAUAUUGAUGACACAUGUUUACAGAUAACGAUACUUCUCGUCUCAUCUCGGAGUCCAAGGGUGUAGAUGAACGGACUCACCAUCAAGAUGGGAAUGAAAGCGAAACCAAGGAGCGUCUGGAAACUUCUGGCAAUGAUAUCCCGGGGGGAGAGGAUAGGUCUAUCUACCCAUCGGCGACAGACAAACCUAUCGUAGCCGCUAUAGACUUUGGCACCACGUACUCCGGGUAUGCCUACACUUUCAGGAGCGAGUAUGAGAAGUCAGCGGGAGCCAGGGAGAUUUUCAGUAAUAGAUGGUCCCCCAGCACAGGGUCGCUUCUGUCAGCCAAGGCCCCCACCACCGCCCUCUUUGAUUCCGAGAUGAACUUCCACUCCUUCGGGUACGAGGCGGAGGAGAAAUACGCUGACCUCAUACAAGAGAAACAGCAACGGGAUUGGCACUGCUUCAGAAGAUUCAAAAUGAAACUACACAACAAAUUGAAAAUGGAAAGAAAUUUUGCAAUUGAAGACGAGGAUGGAAGAGACUUUCCCGCAAAGAAAGUGUUCGCAGCAAGUAUCAAGUACCUUAAAGACAAGCUGACAGACACACUAAACAAACAGAACCCAAUGGAAGACGACAACGCCAUUCACUGGGUGCUCACGAUUCCCGCCAUUUGGAGUGAAUCCGCAAAACAAUUCAUGCGGGAGGCAGCUUUAGAGGCGAGUAUCCCAUCCGAUUGUCUUACCCUGGCCUUAGAACCUGAGGCUGCGUCCCUGUUCUGUAAGUCCCUGCCCCACGGGACUCUCCGAGAUAGUAAGGACCAGCUCGUGCUUGGAGCCUUCCAGCCCGGUAGUCGCUAUAUGAUUGUUGAUAUGGGAGGAGGCACUGUAGACACCACCGUACACGAAGUGGCCGAGGACGGUCGUCUCGUAGAGGUACGACAAGCGUCAGGCGGACCCUGGGGAGGAACCUCUGUCGACGAUACUUUCUACGAAUUCGUAGCCAAUAGGUUUGGUAGAGAGUUCGUUGAACAAUUUAAGCGGACCAAAGCAAGCGACUGGAUGGCCCUACUUAUGGAGUUUGAAACCAAGAAAAGGCAGUUAAAGUAUAAAUCUGAAAAUAAAAUCGGCAUCAAGAUUCCACCUCGAUUGAUAGCAGAAAGCAAUAUACCAGUGGAAAAGCUAACGUCGUAUGACAAACUCAGAGUAGAAAACGAGGAUUUCAAACAGUUUUUCCACCCAUCUACCGAGGAUAUUAUCGGCCACGUGAGGUCCGUCCUCGGUGAGGUCGAAGGAGUGAAUGCAAUCUUGUUGGUGGGUGGCUACUCCCAAUCAGACUAUGUAGCAAGCCUAAUGAAAUUAGCGUUUCCGGACGAACGCAUUGUCAUCCCGUUACAGGCAGAGGUGGCAGUCAUGCAUGGCGCGGUUCUGUUCGGGUUCGAACCCAGAUCAGUGUCAGUGCGGGUUUGUAGGCACACAUACGGAAUCAGCUGUCGGAAGGUUUUCAUUGAGGGAGUACAUCCUGUCGAGUUUCGAAAGGUGGUAGACGGCACAGCGAGGUGCCUUAAUAUAUUUAGUCCAAUUGUUACACGUGGGGAACGUGUUCUUCUUUCGAACACGCGCGAAAAUAAGUUUUCUUCAUCACACCAAAACGAGGCUCGGCGAUUCAAACAGAUCGGAUUUCCAAUAUACGCCUCGACUUCUACAUCCCCUACAUAUACAACAGAAGAGUCUUGUACUCGACUUGGACAAAUUGUCGCUUACCCACCGGAGAACGGCUGGCCGUCCGUGGUCAACUACCGGGUGGAGACUUACUUCGGCAGGACAGAAUUCCAGGUCAAGGUCAUAAAUGACGUCAAUGGAUCAGAGUUCAACUCGUCAUUUGAUUUUCUCGCCUAAAAAUAUUGUUUUGUUACUUCAAAUAGUCUUCGAAUGAAAACUUAUUUACACAUCAUGAACAUUUUAUUUAACUUUUAACAAUUACAAGAAUUACAUUGUAUACGUAAAGCUAUUUCUUUUAAACAAACGAUAUUUUCUCUUGUUGCAAAAUUACCUCAUUAUAAUUCAGCAGUAUCUGUAGCUGAUUUAUAAAUGUAUACAAACUGAUAUUAACUCAAUGAAUAAAAUCAGCUAAUUAAACGAUGAGAUAUAUGUAUUUUGUAAGUAGCAAAGCGGCGUGAAAUUGUAUACAUUUAUCGUAGUGUCAAUACAAAAUAUAGAACAUCUUUGACGUUUAAAGGGCACGCCUUUGUCUGUCGAUACAAAAUUUGCAAAACAUUUUUUUUCUAUUAAAUCACCAAUGUUAAACGAAACCAUACCAAAGCAUAUAAUUAAACACCUCUUGGUUUUACUGACUCCCAUUGCCACCUCGUGAAUCUGUGAAAAUUUACAGUGUAAAUGACCUUUCUUCUCUUAAAGAAAUAUUCUAAACCAAUCGAAAUAUAAAGUUGGUAGGAAGAUAUUUGAAAAGCAAAUCUCGAAUAUGCCUUCUGUGUCAAGGACACUUAUUCUGAUGAACUGUCAGAUACCUUGGCCAAGUUCAGUUGGAAAUCUUACAUCUGCAGCUUCUUGUGCGUGUUUAAAAAAAAA